AUGAUUUAAAAUCAUCCUCUCUGUCCUAAAUCUGCAAUGGAAAAGUACUAUAUGGAAUAACAAUUACCUCAAUAUUAAACAUUACCACCUUAAUAAACAUAGAAAAAGAAUCAUUCUUAUUAUAAUGAUAAUGCAAAUAUUUGGAACAAUCAACAUCAAUCUAGUUCUAAUAUGAAAGUAUUUGCCAAGAUCUAAGAAUAGAAAUUGAAAGGUGAUAAACUCAUUUAAUAAUUAUAAAAAUAAGAACAGAAAGAUAAAUAAUUAUAUUAAAUGAGCAAACACAUCUAUUUCAAUUAAUUAAGACAUGAAGAUUAAAUGAGAAUGUAAACACGUAAAUUAGAACGUGCUGGUCUAUAAAAUCUUAGUCAAUAAUAAUCAGAUAUUGAAGCAGAUCAAUUACUUUUAAAACCUACUUAAUAUAAUACAACAUUAUAAGGAAGACCUGAAUUCUUUUGGAAUAAAGUAGGUCACCAUUCUCAAAAACAUAUUAAAAUGUUAAUCAAUCCUAAAAUCUUAGCCAUGGAAGAAGAGGCAGUUAAAUUAAUUCAAAAACGUAUUGAAAAAGAACAUAUUGUUGAAUAAAUUAAAAAGGACUUAAAAUAAGAAAAUAUGAAACUUAUACGUAAACUCAAUGCAAAAAGACAAUAAGAAGUUGAUGAAAUUCAUUAUAAAGCAGGUUUAUCACCAUCUCAUAAAAUGGGAAUCUCUAAAACCACUCAUCUUAGAAGACCAUCACAUGCAUCUCGACCUUCUAUUGAUAUUAUAGAAUAAACACUAUAAUAAAUUGAAGAUAAACAAUAAAGAACAAGUCGUCCAUUUACUGUAGAUAGUGAUAAACCAUCUUUUUCAUUUCAUGUAAGACCUCAAACUAGUAAUUAGAAUAGUCAAUCAAUUAAAAAUACAAAUACUCUAACCAAGUAAAUGUUAUAAGCAUAACAAGAUAGUAAUCACUUAGUGUCCAUAAAAAACAUACUCUUAGGAUGGAUAGAUCUGAAUUUAAGGGAUUAUAUUUAGCAUAGGCAUGUGAUGUGAGUGACAACAAUUUUAGUAGAACUAUACGAUCAAAUUGCACUAUUCUAAAAGGAAUCUCGAAUUAAAAGAUUAAAGCAUAAUAAAUACCUCAAAAUAAUAAAUCAAAUAAUCAACCUGAAGAAGAUGUAAAUAAAAUUUUAGAUUCAUUUGAAUGCAAAUUGUAAGAUAGAAAACUCCAAUAUUGA